AUGUCGCUCGUGGGGCGCUGGAAGACGCGGGGUGGGGGGAAGGUACCGACCCGGGACCGGAGCAGAGGGCAGCCGGACGCCCCCGCCCCCCGGGAGGCGGCUGUCGACGGCCGCCGCCGCCGCCUGAGCUCCACCCGCCCCCUCGGGCCGCGACGGGGGGCGGGGCCCGCCCUCCCAGGCCAGGCCAUGGACGCCGUGAACCUCGCCUGCUGCCUGUUGGCGGCGCUGCUCUACUACAACACGCUGGACGCCGGCUUCGUCUACGACGACAGCCGCGCCAUCCUGACGAACCAGGACGUGCUGCAGUCGACGCCGCUGUCCCGGCUGCUGGCCGACGACUUCUGGGGCACGCCGCUGGCCCACGGCGGCUCGCACGGCUCCUACCGCCCGCUGUGCGUGCUGACCUUCAGGCUGAACCACCUGCUGGGCGGCUUCCAGCCCUUCGGCUACCACCUGGCCAACGUGUGCCUGCACUGCCUGGCCACGGCGCUGGUGGUGAAGGUGGCGCGCGCGCUCUUCCCCCCGCAGGCGCGCGUCGGCGUCGCCGCCGCCGGGCUCACCUUCGCCGCGCACCCGGUGCACUCGGAGGCCGUGGCGGGCGUGGUGGGGCGCGCCGACCUGGCCGCCUGCGUGCUCUACCUCGCCAGCUUCCUCUGCUACGUGGCGCACGCGCGGGCGCGCGACCUGCGCCUCGCCGCGGCGGGGGCGGGGGGCUGCUGCCGGCGGCGGCCGCGCGCCGGGGCCGAGCUGCUGGCGGCGGCGGGCUGCGUGGCCGCCGCCGCGGGGGCGGUGCUCGCCAAGGAGACGGGCCUCACGGCGCUGGGCGUGUGCGCCUGCUACGACCUGCUGCUGCACUACGGCCGCUGGAGGAGCCGCUCCCCGCGCGAGCUGCUGGCCAAGAGGCGGCCGCGGCAGGUGCUCGCCAGCUUGCUGAUGCUGGGACUCGCGCUGGCCGCACUGCUGGCGGCGCGCAUGCGCCUGAUGGGCGCCCACUACCCGGUGUUCGCGACCGCCGACAACCCGACCGCGCGCUGCUCCUCCGCCCUCACGCGCCUGCUCACCUUCUGCUACCUGCCCGCCUUCAACUUCGCGCUCCUGCUCUGCCCGCGCUGGCUCAGCUUCGACUGGGGCAUGGACGCCAUCCCGCGCGUCACCUCGCUCUCCGACCCGCGCAACCUCGCCACGCUGCUCUUCUACGGCUGCCUGUACCGCGCCGCGCGCUCCUCGGCGUCCCGCCUGGGCGUCCCGGCGCCGGGCCGGCUGCCCGACGCCGCCGCCGCCAGGAGCCAGCGCGCAGGCAAGCACCGCCGCCACCCGCCGCGCCGCAAGGACCGGCCGCCGCCCCCGGGAGCCGUCGGCGACGCCACCACCUGCCCCGUGUGCAAGCACAACCUCGCCAACAACCACCACUCGCUGCUGUGCCGCAACACCAACAACAACAACAACAUCCCGGCGGCGGAGGAGCCGGGGGCGGUGGCGCAGUGCGCGUGCCGACCACGCGACCGCCGGCACGGUCGGCCCGCCGCCGCCCCCGGGGGCGGCCGCCACCUCGGCCGCGCCGAGCUGGUGCUGCUGUCCCUGGCCUUCCUCACGAUCCCCUUCCUGCCGGCCACGAACCUCUUCUUCUACGUGGGCUUCGUCGUGGCCGAGCGCGUGCUGUACAUCCCCAGCGUGGGCUACUGCCUGCUGGUCGGCGUGGGCUGCCACGCCAUCCACGAGCGCACCAACAGGCGGCUGGUUCUGGUGUGCCUCGUGCUGCUGCUGGUGAACUUUGGUGUGAGGACCUUGCUGCGGAACCGAGACUGGCACGACGAGGAGCGCCUCUACCGGUCCGGGAUACACAUCAACCCGCCGAAAGCGUACGGCAACCUGGGCUCGGUGCUCAGCUCGCAGGGCCGCACCUCCGAGGCAGAGCGCGCCUUCAGGAUGGCGCUGCGGCACCGCGGCAACAUGGCGGACGUCCACUACAACCUUGGCGUCAUUCAACAGGGUAAAUUCUUUCACGUCACUUCAUUAUUCGUCCAAUAA